AUCCCCUUACAUUACAUUUAUUUAACCCUUUCAGCUGUAUACAACAAAUUAUAGGCUGUGACUGAAAAGAAAAAAUGGAGGUUUUUAGGUUUAACAAAACAAUGUUGUUAAUGAUGAUUAUGACGGCUAUGAUGUGGAACAUGGCAAAAGCUGAGGAGCAUUUUGUUGGAGGGGGAAAGCAAAGAUGGAUCCCUGGUAAUAACUUGACAAAAUGGUCCUUGAAUGAGCACUUUCGUGUGAAUGAUUGGUUAUUCUUUGGAUAUGGAGAAGAAUAUCAAAAGUACCUUUACCAUGUGCUGGAGGUGAACAAGACAAGCUAUGAAAACUGCAUCGAUACAGGAUUCAUUAAGAACAUAUCAAGGGGUGGCAGACAAGACGUUUUUCAGCUGACUGAAGACAAGAUCUAUUACUUCAUAAGUGGAGGAGGUGGCUGUUGGAGUGGAUUGAAGGUUGCAAUUGAUGUUAAUGAAUAUGUUGCACCAGCUCCUCAACCUACUCCCCACAAAGGUGGCACAGAUGCUUUAAACAUUCAAAUCUACCACUCACUUGUGGUACUCAUCUUAACCUUGAUUUGCACCAUUCUCUUGGUAUAAUUUCAGCUCUUAGAAUUGGCACACUAUAGUAUCAGAUGAUAUUUUGUUGGUUUUCUGUUGUUUGUUUAAUGGUAGACUGAAUUAUGGAAUAUUCAAACUUUGUUAAGACCUGAUUUGCA